GUGGGGUCAUCCCCUCCUCCACUGAAGUGAGGGGCUAACGUGUCUUUUGGGGGUUCAUCAAGUGGCCUUAGGUCACAGGCUUAGACUCAAGAAUGGACAGUCGAGGAGAGGUGUCUAAGGGACUGGCAGGCCCAGACCCUUCCCUGAGGACAUCUGGCCUCUCCCUCACCAGCCACCUCUCUGUGGCCCUCCCUCUGUCCCCUCCUUUCUUUCUUUUUUUUUUUUGUUUUUUGUUUUUGUUUUUGUCUUUUUGCUAUUUCUCGGGCCGCUCCUGCGGCAUAUGGAGGUUCCCAGGCUAGGGGUCGAAUGGGAGCUGUAGCCACCAGUCUACACCAGGGCCACAGCAACGCUGGAUCCAAGCCGCGUCUGCAACCUACACCACAGCUCAUGGCAACGCCGGAUCGUUAACCCACUGAGCAAGGACAGGGAUCGAACCCGCAACCUCAUGGUUCCUAGUUGGAUUCAUUAACCACUUCGCCACGACGGGAACUCCUGUCCCCUCCUUUCGAGUCACCACCCCCCAGGUUCUGCCAUCCCCGGGGUCCCCAGCCCAGAUACCCUCCCCGCACUCUCCAGUGGAGGAGAGUAGGAGUCCCUUCUGGACCCCAGCCUUAUGUUUUCUGCUUCCCUUGACUGAGCACCUACUGUGUGCUGGGCAGGAAUUCCCUUGAUUUCUCAGGGCCUCCCGAGAGCCUGACUGCCUCCACUCUUUUCAUGAUGCUCUGAGGAUGGACUCGGUGGAGAAGCAUUUGCACCAAGUUGUGCAGAUUCCUGGGCUGAGUACAAAUUGGAAUGGGAGGUAUGUUCCCAUCAUCUUAGUUCACCUUCUUCAUUACAAAAAUGAGAUUAUGGAGACUUUGAGGAAAUUUAUGCCACUAAACAAUAUAUUAUAAUCUACUGUAAAAAGCAUUAACUUAUUCAGUCAUUUGGAAGGUCACAGAAGUAAACAUUUACUGCGAUUAACAUAAUCAUGGACAGUUUGAACUACAAGAUCUAGAUCAGAGGGGACUCUAGGGCCAACAGGAAGACAUCUGAGGACUCCACAGCAGAGGGUGCUAGAAACUUAGUAUGACUGUAGCCUUGGCUGUACCUGGCAGUCCUCGUGGGCCUGUACUACCUCCUGCGCUGGCAGCGGGAGAGGCAGGUGGUGAGCCACCUGAGGGACAAGUAUGUCUUCAUCACGGGCUGUGACUCGGGCUUCGGGAACCUGCUGGCCAGGCAGCUGGACUGCGGGGCUUGAGGGUCCUGGCUGCAUGUCUGACGGAGCAGGGGGCCCAGCAGCUGAGGAAGCAGACGUCAGACAGGCUGGAGACGGUGCUCCUGGACGUGACCAAGACAGAGAGCGUCGCUGCAGCCAGGAGUGGGUGAAGGAGUAUGUGGGGGACAGAGGUACCACCUAGAUUUCUUUUGCAUUUGUUUAUUUCUUCUCUGAGUAAGAAAAACGUCUUUUCUGCUCACUAAGAAUAUUCAUGAGAGGUUUUAAUAUUCAAGCCUUAUUGUCUUGGAAUUGAUGCCCGUUUUUUCAGACCUUGACCACAUGUCUAAUGCAGACUUGUUUCCUAAGUUCUCCUACGCUGGGUUUUCAAAGAUGUCUUUCCCAACCAGGUUCUGGAAAGUGAGUAUUCAUGAAUUUUUCAUUUUCUCAUUUCUUUUCUUUUUUCUAUCAUUUCCUAUUUCCUUUCUCUUCUCAAGUUUUCCCUUCAUUUCUCCCACUUACUAUUCCUAUCUACCUGUCUCUGUCUCUCUCCUAUAUGAUGUUUAGGUGAAUCACACUAUUUUCCCAAACUCUGUCUAUGAACUUAAUAAAGAUGGGUUUAUUGCCUACUGGGUGCCAGGCACUGAGGAACAGAAAAAUGAGUGGGACCAUCCCUGCCUUCCAAAACUCAAAGAACAUACAUACCCUGACACCCUACACCCACCACAUCCCCAUUUCCUCUUCUGUACUCUUCUUCCUUAUAUCAUGUGGCACAUUGGUGAUGACUCAAUCAAAAAACUAAGUUGGGGAGUUCUUGUCAUGGCUCAGUGGAAAUGAACCUGACUGGUAUCCAUGAGGAUGGGGUUCAAUCCCUGGCCUCACUCAGUGAGUUAAGGAUCCAGGUGUUGCGAUGAACUGUGGUGUUGCAGAUGUGGCUCAAAUCCUGUAUUGCUGUGGCUAUGGUGUAGGCUAGCAGUUGCAGCUCUGAUUCAACCCUUAGCCUGGGAACCUCCAUAUGCCAUGGGUGCAGCCCUAAAAAGCAAAACAAAACAAAAAACCAGAAAAACAACAACAACAAAAAAACCCAACAACAACCAAAAAACUCAGUUUGGAACCGCAGCUGAGUCCUCUCUCACAGGCCCAGGCCCAGGCCCAGCCAGUGUUGCCCUCAUGUCACACUGUGCCCUGGAUUCUGGGGUCUGGUGAAUAGUGCUGCCCAUCUCCUUGCCUAUUAGUGGCUCAAUUAGUGGCUGACCAAACAGGGGCCAUGUGGUCAACUUCUCCAGCAUCCUGGGCUGGGUGACCCUUUUUGGUGGGGGGCUACUCCAAGUUCCAAGUACAGCUUCGAGGCCUUCUCAGACUCCCUUGGGAGCUGGCCUGGGACAGAGACCAUCCCUUGGUCCUCUUGCUACUGUGCUUUGGGAGGGGGGUUCUUUUCUUCUCAAACUUAGAGCUUUUCCUUCUAGAUGUUUCUCUCUUACUUUGUUCCAGGCAUUUGUUGGAAACACUUUUCUAAGUUUUGGGUAUCAGGAUGGGCUCUAGAACUGCAGAAUUUGCUUCACACCAUCUCUGCCGUGGAUGAGGGCUCAUGGUCAGAAAGUAUCUGAGGCAGAAUUGGAAUUGGGAUUAUUUGGCUGCAGAGCCCAUGUCCACAACCCCUAUGAUAUUCCCCUAUCAUAUGGGGGGGAGCCCUUGGGGUGGGGGUAGAACAUUUGACUCAGUUCAACUGAUACUUCUUGGCACUUCUGUGAGUGCACAAUAAAUGCAUCUAGGCUCAAGAAGCUUUGGCCCUUUAUCUAAAAAGUCUGACAGCUGAGAAAGGGACAAGAGAUACAGGAUGUCAUGGCCAUCAUUUAUGAUGGUUAUGCCUAAAUUAGCCACAGUAGCCUUGGUAGUCAGCGGAACCAGGGGGAGAUCUGGGAGAUAAAGAUCUGAGCUGAGGGUUGACGAACUGAACUUGGGAACCUGGCAACCUGGCAAAGUCGGGCAGGGAAGCUUUCUGGGUGAGGAAAUGGGAUCAGCCUAGGCCCAGGGUGAGUAACAUUUGAUGGCCUAUGAUGUGGGAUCCUCUAGGGGCAGGUGGGCAUGUGUGGGCUAAUGAAAGCUAUGGGCCCUGGACAGGCUGGGAGCCAUCAUACGGUUGGCAACAGAACCCCAUGGAAAGGAUUUUAUCAGAGGAACUAAAAUCAUCAAAUCAACCUAUAGAGAGCCCACUGGCUACAGAACAGAGAGUGGUUCUGAAUGUGGGGGAGCUGCAACCUCAGGCAGAAGAUGCUCCUUAGAGAACAGUCAUAAUAACCCAGCUGACAGAUGACUAGGCUGUUGGCUAGAGCAGGAGAGGAGAGGGAGGGGACAGAGGAGUAGGGAGGUGGAAAUGGGCAACCUCCGACUACUGAAUACCUGUGAGGGAAAUGGAAGGAGAUCACAAGUGGUGCCUUGUACACACUUGGUAGUAUUUGAAACUGAUAAACACAUGUAUAUAAAAUAUUUCAAAAAAAUCUGUACAGAAACAGUAUCAUUAUCGUAAGUUUGCUCUCUCUAACUGCCGCCGCACUUCAUGACUCCCCUUAUCCCACCCCAGUCGGCAUUGAGAUUUUACUGUUUUUGUUUGUGUUCCAAGGCCUCUGAAGGCCUUGCCCCUCUGCCUCUUGGCCUUGUAGAGGGAGCACUUUGGGGAAAGCUGGCUAUGAUUGAGCCCUGUUACUUUAAGAGCAGCAUGAGAAACCUUGAGAUGUUUUGGGGGGGUUUUCAGGAGGCAUGGAGUUGGGCCUGCCCAGAGGUCAAGGAUCUCUCUGGGGAGACGUUCCUGGCUCAGGAGAGUGAACUGUGGGUAUUAGGGAGAGAAGCAAACCCUCAUCUAGGAGCCUGGGUCCAUCAUUAGCACCUCCUCCAAUCUCCGGUCCUUCUUCCAGGCUCUGACUCCCCCCAGCAGUGAGGAUGUGUGCUCCAUCCCCAGGGCCCUGUGUGGCCAACUGGUGACCUCAGGAUCCAGGCUUGAUAGACCGGGGGACCACUGUCUCUCUGAAAUUCUCAUUAUUUAGGGAGGAAACUAAAGCCAGAGAGGGAAGAUAUCAGUGGACUCAUGGCAAAUUAACAUUAGGCCAGUUGGUUUUCAUGUACCUAGGUUUCUAGUGUUUGUAGAAACAUCCAAUUGGUGUAUUGGAUAUUCUCAGAAACAGACCCAGGCGUGCCUUAAUGUGGAACAGUUGUUCCUGCGGUAACAGUUUAGAUACUUCUUGGGAAAUUGGACAGAUUAGUUUGGGGCAUGGGUUAGGGGUGGAAAGGUGGGCAAGGGGUAGAAAUUCUUAGAAAAUUUCUUCCCGUAUUAGACCUGUGAAUUGAAGAGGAGGGAUGUGGAGGUAUAUAAGGUAGAUUUCUUGUCUUGAGCAGGCAUCAGAAUAACUGGAAGUAUUUUGAAAAUAUGCAUGAUGAAUCGGUCCUUGGUUGCGGACCGCCUGGAGCCUGCCGGGACUGCCUACCACCCCCACACAUGAUACUCACCAGGCCGGAAGCUCUUCUACUUCCCCACAAGCCACAUGCCCUCCUUUCUGGUGGAUGCCAUGGUCUACUGGAGCUCCCCAAGACCUGCCAGGGCCCUGUGAAGUCAAGAUUGGGGUGCAUGGGGAGUCUAGUUGGGGUGCAUGUGAGGGAUGAUACUUCAAGAGGAAGGAAAUAAGGUGGAGGGAGCAAGCUCUCCAGUCUCUAAGGUCACAUAGCUCAUCCUCCUCCUUGUCUCUGCUCCAGGCUUCUCCUGAGGCUCUCGGGGUAUUAGGAAGUUUUGCGGCCGAGAAACGGGGAUCCAAUAGCACGUCAGUGCCCUUUUCCUUGAGCAGCCUCUCAAGGCUCUGAACCUCAUGGCCCUUUUCCACCCUGAGGAAGCUACACUUUUGGGAGGAUCUGAGCAGCUAGGAGGGGUCUCAGCCCCACCUGCUCUGCCUCUGCUUACCUCCUCAGGCUGUGCCUUGGUUUCCUCAUCCCACGGGAUGGAAUUGGCUGGAGGAGGCAAAGGAUCCUCUCUCCACUGAAAAUACGUGUGGGGUCGAGGGUGCACAAAGCAGUCACCAGCCUAACCCAUCAGCUUCAUAUGCCAAUUGAAUAGGGAGGCCAGUGGUCAGAGUGGGCAGCAUUCUCAGUCUAGGACAAGAGCCCUCUGUGUGGUCCUACAGCCCGCCCAUCCCCCAUUCCACAGCCUGCAUUUUUCUGAUGCUGGGAUGUUGGGUCCAGGGGAAUGCGGCCUCAUUCAGCAGCCAGCAGAGAGGCCCAUGGGAUGGUGAGGCAGGCCCAGGCUUGUGUUGGGGCAGUUCCAGGUCAUUCUUCUUUAGGUCUAGAGACAAACCCUUGGAUUUCACCUCUCUUCUCAAGAACUGGGACGUAACCUGGGCCUGCUCAGCCUUUGAGUGACUAUUUGACUUCUGCCAGCCAAGACUUCCUUGUUCACUCACCAAGAAAGUGGGCAGAGUUCUUAGAGGCCUCCCAGAUCCAUUGCAGGCGGUGCUGUGCUUUAUGGUGGGUGUGAAAUAGGUGAGGUUUGCCUCCACCUCCCACCUCCAAACCCUACGGGCCUUGGGUCUGAUCCCUGGGGCUGGGUCUAUGAACUGACAUGACCCCCUCAACUCCAAUCACCCUUGGUUUGGAAUGGCCAAAUUCUCUGGGCUUUCCCAAAGUAACACCUGCUUUACCUGAUUCUGGAGCCGAUCAACCUUGGUAGAUAAUAGAGCAUCGUGAUGCAUCCUUGUCUCUUUGACCUAGAGAAUUUGGUGGCCCUGUUUCUGUGCCAGACCUUCUAGACAGGGAAGGUGUAGGCCCCAGGUCUCUCAGAUGAGCCUGGUCACCAGCUCAUUCUGAAGAAUGGUGACCCUAGAGGUUGAUCCAAGGGACCACUGCAGACUCCAGCAUCACUCUGUCCCCAUAUUUUAUGCAAUCCUGGGAGUGGCCCCUCACUACUCACGCCUUUGUCUCAUUUCCUUGCUUCCUUCUCUUUAUCAGCUUCCCUUCUGCCUUUCUAUGUGUUCUUUGCCCCAUUGCCUGGAAUCUCUCCUUCCCCUCAAGUCCUGACCCUGAGAACCUUCCAAGUAUCUGCCCCUGUCCUCCGCUUCUCCCAUAUGUCACCCCUUCUCAGAGCCAAGGACUUGGCCUCAGUCCCUUUCUGUGGCUGCUUAGGGAACUCAUGAUUCAUCCUCUUCAUCUGGGCAGACUUCAGUCUCAGUGAUGUUCCUAUCAGAAUUCUCUAUCUUCCUUUCCCCUCCCACUGGGCCUAAGUAUCUCCUCCUGACUUUUCUUGCCACCUGUGGUCCUGAUGGUCUCUCUGCACAUCCCAUUAGCCACUGUGUCCAUUGACUUUAUAGUCCCUUUCUUCCACUGAUAUCCCCCUCUUCAGACUCCCCAGCUCAGCAGCUCACCUAGCAUGUGCCCGGUCCUGGGGGUAGAAGAAAAAUGCCCACUGGGGGACCCUGCCCCGGAGAGCUGAUGUGUCCUCAGUCCUUAACUCCCUUCACUUGACUGGUUGCUGGGUGAGAGGGGUGCUGGGGCCUGCUUGGAGUGCAGUGGGGACUCUGAAUAUCACCUCCCAAGGAAUCAGGCCCUGAGCCACUCAAGGGUUUCUGCCUUCUGGAAAUUGGGGCCUCACAUAACCAGCCUCCCUUAUAAAAGGGUCUGGUGCUCUGACCUCAGGACAAUGGAGGCACGUCCACCCUGAGGAGGACCCUUUGUUUUUCAUCAUCACUCAUAGCAGAGACUCAUCUAAGGGCAGAGAACUCCAAAGAGCUGAUAACCUGGAGCUCAUUUCUCUUGCUCUUUGGAGGGUAUAAAACCAAUUUUGUUUGUUUUUGCAUUGAUGAAUUUGUUCUAAUUUUCCCACUGAAAAUAAAAAUUAAGUUAUUUACAUGUCUACAUUCAUAACAAAUGAUUUUGAUCCCUGAACUGGAGGUGGAGGGUAUUGGGGGAGCUCCCCUGGGCUGAGUCCUCCGUUUUCCUUUCCUCUACCCAGACCACCCGAUGAGCCACCUCUCAGCACUGACAUUAUCACUGCGGGUUUUCCCAUUCUUGGCACCUUCACCCAUUUAGGACUGGUGCAGGGGGUGGAGAGGCAGCCAUCAGGAAUGUCUGAAGUGACAAAGCUUCAGGUUGGACUUGAAUUUCUUGUAUCUGGGCUAAUUAGUGUGGUGAUGCAUCCACCUAUAAAAAUUACAGAAUGGCUCAUCCAGGGACCGGGCAUCUUUUGCUGGGAGCAGAAGGGAGGAGGGCUCUUCUCAGUGGCUCCAACAGACUCGGGCUCAGAGGGCCAGCCCCUCCUACUGUCUCCUGAGCCCGAUUCUUCUUGGCCAUCACCUCCCCCUUGCCCUAUGGCGGCUAUCACAGAUCUCUCCUUUAUGUACCGCUGGUUCAAGAACUGCAAUGUGGUCCGCAACCUCUCAGACAAGUAUGUCUUUAUCACGGGCUGUGACUCGGGCUUUGGAAACCUCCUGGCCAGGCAGCUGGUUGAUCGGGGCAUGCGGGUGCUGGCUGCUUGCUUCACUGAGGAGGGAGCCCAGAAGCUUCAGCAGGAUACCUCCUACCGGCUCCAGACCACCCUAUUGGAUGUCACCAAGACUGAGAGCAUCAAGGCAGCAGCCCAGUGGGUGAGGGACCAAGUGGGCGAGCAAGGCCUCUGGGCCCUGGUGAACAAUGCUGGUGUGGGCCUGCCCAGUGGCCCCAAUGAAUGGCUGACCAAGGAAGACUUUGUGAAGGUGAUCAAUGUGAACCUGGUGGGACUGAUUGAAGUGACCCUCCAUAUGCUGCCCAUGGUCAAGAAAGCCCGGGGCAGGGUUGUCAACAUGUCCAGCAGUGGUGGCCGUGUAGCUGUCAUUGGUGGUGGCUACUGUGUCUCCAAGUUUGGUGUCGAGGCCUUCUCUGACAGCAUCAGGCGUGAGCUCCACUAUUUCGGGGUGAAAGUCAGCAUCAUUGAGCCGGGCAACUACCGGACAUCCAUUCUGGGCAAGGAGAGCUUGGAGAUGCGCAUGCGCAAGAUGUGGGCGCGGCUGCCUCAGGAGACCCGCGAUAGCUAUGGAGAAGAGUACUUCCAUAUCUAUACUGACAAGUUAAAGAACAUGAUGCAGUUGGCAGAGCCAAGGAUCCGUGAUGUCACCAAUAGCAUGGAACAUGCCAUUGUUUCCCGGAGCCCUCGCAUCCGCUACAACCCUGGCCUGGAUGCCAAACUCCUCUACAUUCCCUUGGCUAAAUUGCCCACCCCUGUGACAGAUUUCAUCCUGAGCCGGUACCUUCCAAGGCCAGCAGACAGUGUCUGAACUGGGGAAGCCCAAGGGGUGGUCAGUGGAGUGUAGAGGAGGGGAGUUAGAGAAGGCAUCAUGGGGUCACAAGAGGGGAGAUCAGAUGUUCUGGGGGCACCUUGCUUGGUUGACACCCUUCCCAGCACUAGUGAAUUUAUGAGUAACUUCUAAUAGGAAAUGAGUGCCUCUUCCCAAUCACUGGGGCCUCACAGAAAUCUGAGGUGGCCUUUGCAGGUUCAAAGACCCAUAACCUAACCCUAAGAACAUCUGUCACCCGGUCAAGAUGGCUUUUUCUGGACCUGGGAAAGUCAAGGAGAGGAAAACUAGCUCCUGCUGAAUCAUGAGCCUCCCUCAGUUAUCACCACCACUGGGAAAUUCUGUGGGAUAAUCUAGCCCAUAGGAGAACUCAACCACUUUGCUGUUGUGCCUCUAAAUAUGCAUUUACCUCAUUCACAUAACCCAUUAUUUGGAGUUUGUAGUAGGGCAGACAGGGAGUGCAGGAUUGUAUCAGGCAAAAGUUUAUAAUAAUAUUUUUUCUCUCUUUUAUGGAUUGCUCUAUCCAUAGGUGAUUGGGACUCACAUGAAAUAACAUUCAUUCAUUUAAUCACUGUUGAUUAAUUCUUCAAAUAUUUAUUGAGUGCCUACCCUAGACUAGGCACUGUGUAGGUGCUGGAAGGAUACAGAUAUGAUUAAAUCAUGGUCUUGAUUUUUUACUCUUUA